GGGAAAUAAAGAAAAGUCCCAGUUUCCAGUUGGUCUUGAAUGUAGCGUAAUAAUACGAUAUAUGCUGGACGGUAUUUUGUGCUGACUUGUUUUGGGCGUGAAGCUGUACCGCGUAAAUAUAUACUUAUUACAAACUACUACAUGAUGGCUGAACAUAAUGUUAAGCUUUGGGGAGGAAGAAUCCCAAGAGAAGUCGUCAACAUGGCCAAACACUUGAAAGAUCUGGAUAAACAACUAUUCAGACGAAUACUUAAAGCUGUUGUAAAUGCAUUGGAUGGCAAAGCGUGCAGUGGGUGCAUGACAGAUAUUAUUGAGGAUAAUCUCCUAUCAGAAGACAAGCUUAGCGACAUUGUGUCAGGCAUGUAUGAGCUACUAAGAGAAGCUUUACGUGUACCACCGUCUUCAGUGAAAAUAGAGAGCUUUGAAGAUGAUCUUCAUGAUCUAAGGAUUUUUGAGGAGUUCAUUGCAGACAUUUCCGGCAUUGUCUUUGGACAUGGGCGGCCAUCACUUGAUGCUUCUGUUACAAAUCAUGGCUCAACAUUACCUAAAUUAGAAAAAUUCAGAUGGAGAGUGGAUGUUGCAAUUUCAACAAGUUCCUUGUCUCGAGCUUUACAGCCAACUGUUAUAUUGCAGUUGACACUUUCUGAUGGGAUUCUUCAUCAAUUUGAGCUUCCAUUUCUGCCUGGGUUGCACAUCUUUUGGAUGAGACUGACCUUUCUACACCAUCACCUACCACUGAUCUUCUCACUGAGGUCAUUACUCAUUAUCUCCAGGACAUGGAAAGUUGUGGUCGGCCCAGUGACACAUCUGCAGUAAAAGGGGGUCGAUGUCUCAAUUCAGACUGCUCCAGCUGCCACUAAGUCCACCCAAACUCCAUCAGCCGCAUCCACAAGCACACAAGCUACUCAAGCUACAUGGCGUGUUAAAAAAAAGACUCAAUAUCCUCCUCCUUCUGGUGUCAAACCAUUUUAUAUUAAGAAGUGACUUUUUCCUUUUGAUUUUGCAUCUCCUUAUUAAAACCUUUAUGCUCAGUUUUGGGCCUUGAA